AGGAUGCCGACGUGGUGCACAUUUACCCGUGAAUCUAUAGGAGAGCAAGUAUCUCACACACACAACAUUCCUUUCCCUGCUGUCUUUAACAGAGUUCUCGUUCCUCACAUUCACAUCAUUCAAUAUCUAUUCCAGCCUUUAGUGGACCCGCAAAGUCCAACUUUCGUCGUUUGAGGGCCCGCCUGGCAUGGUUGGAUUCUAUGAAUUCCAGCUUAUUAUCCUAGUCUCCCUGUGUUUCAUCUUCCUCCUGGUUGAGCGCUAUGUUUCGCGACGGAAAGAGUCGAAGGAGAAAGACCUGCACACCGCCGAGCGCCUGGAAGACGGGGAACCGACGACAUCAAACAACUUCCUAGCUACAUUAACAAGGCAGUAUCUCAUUGUCUAUGCAAUUGUAAUGGGUGCUGAUUGGCUCCAGGGACCAUAUAUCUACUCAUUAUACCGAGAACAGUAUGGUCUCCCGGAACGGAUGGUCGCAGUCCUUUUUGUCACAGGGUUUAUGUCCGCGGGGCUCACUGCACCCUUGGUAGGUGUCUGGGCGGAUCAACAUGGACGCAAAAAACUCUGUCUUGCCUUUUGCCUGACAUAUAUAUUCACCUGCUGUUGCAUAACCAUUCCGUACUUGCCCAUUCUUCUCCUUGGACGUGUAUGCGGAGGUAUCUCAACAUCAAUCCUCUACUCUGCGUUUGAGUCCUGGCUGGUGAGCUCUGCUGGAGCCCUAGCCCUCCCAUCAACGGAUCUUUCCACAAUAUUCGGACGCGCCACGCUUGUGAAUGGUUUUGUUGCAACGGGUGCAGGCGUUGCAAGCAAUCAGCUAGUCACCUUGACAGGCUCAUUCACAUCUCCUUUCAUUGCCAGCGGGGUCUUGUUGCUAUUAGCAUACCUGGUGAUCCGUGCAAGUUGGGGGGAGAACUUUGGUGGCAGCGGAACAACUCCUGGCAAGGGUUUAUCUCAGCUGAAAAGACUGGGGCAGGCAUGGCGCAUUGUCAGAGAUGAUCCUAUGCUACUCGUCAUUGGCCUGACCCAAACUUGCUUCGAGGGUUCUAUGUACCUCUUUGUCUUCCUCUGGGUACCAUCUCUCCAGGAAGCUUCGCCGACGUUUCCCACUAUUGCACUACCGCUGGGCUACAUCUUCUCCUCAUUCAUGAUAUCUAUGAUGCUCGGAUCCCUCCUCUACAGUGUUGUCACCACUCAAUCCGGCGGUCUGACGGUCCACGCAAAGCUCAGUAGCUUAGUUUGUGCAUUUGCUGCCCUUGCACUAGCAACAAGCAUAAGAAGCGACAGUGAACGCGUCAGGUUCUGGGCGUUCUGCGCAUUCGAAGCGUGUGUGGGGAUGUAUUAUCCUGUGCAAGGGAUGUUGAGGGGAACUUUAAUUUCAAACGAGCACCGAGCAACACUGAGUUCCCUGUUCCGUGUCCCCUUGAACGUGUUUGUGGUCGUCUCCCUGAUGACCGGGGUGUCGAAUGCUAGGGACGCCGUGUUGAGCGCAUGCUCCUUGAUGCUUGCGUUCUCUGCCCUUAUGACUGCAUUUGUGGUCGUAACGAGGGCAGAUGACCAUGUGUCCUCCGAAGCAAGCUUGAGACCAGAGUGAGAAACAAACAUCACGUGACAAUCGUCAUAUAAAAGUGAACACAAAAAAUAGGUUCAACGAAAAAAAAACGAUGUAAUGUUCAAGUGUAGAAAAUAUCCUAAUAUUAUAUGAUAUCUACAGAAUGCGCAAAAGUAAAGUGUGCAUCAGUUAACUUUGGUUCUGCAGAAUUUGCCUCCUAGUAGAGGUCAAGUCUUGUUGACCGUAAAUGCAAGGGAGGUGUUGUGAAGCCAAGAUCCUCACGCAGGGCUCAUGGUGAGUGGCGAAAGCACCGUGCUGCAGACCUGAAUACUCA